AUGAGGGAUGUUGAAAUACCCAACUGGCUCAAAGGGUUGCCAUUGGCACCUGAAUUUCGGCCAACUGACACUGAAUUCGCAGACCCAAUUGCUUACAUAUCCAAAAUCGAGAAAGAGGCUAGUUUUUUUGGUAUAUGUAAGGUCAUUCCACCAGUGCCUAAACCUUCAAAAAGAUAUGUUAUUUCCAACUUAAAUAAGUCCCUUUUAAGGUCCCCCGAAUUGGGUUUAGAUGAGGAUUUGUCAGGUGUUUGUCUACCGUCGACAACAGAGAACAGGGAUAAAGGAAAUGAUGGGGAGGCGAAGGCAGUAUUUACAACGAGGCACCAGGAACUGGGUCAGAGUGUGAAAAGAACUAAGGGGGUGGUUCAGCCGCAGCCAUCGGUGGUUCAAAAACAAGUGUGGCAAAGUGGGGAGGUAUAUACAUUGGAUCAUUUUGAAACAAAAUCAAAGGCUUUUGCUAGGAGCCAAUUAGGUACGGUUAAGGAGGUUUCGCCAUUAGUUGUAGAGUCACUGUUUUGGAAGGCUGCUUCUGAGAAGCCUAUUUAUGUGGAAUAUGCGAAUGAUGUGCCUGGCUCUGGGUUUGGAGAACCAGAGGGAUCAUUUCGAUAUUUUCAUAGACGUAGGCGGAGGAGGAGAAGGAUGUUUGAUCGAAACAAUCGAGGCAGCUCUGAUUGCAGGAAACAUCCAGUAGAUACUGUGAGCAAUAACAAUGCUGAUCAAGACGCAUCCACCAAUAAUGAUUCUAAUUUCUUUGGGGAGCCUUCCAAGGCAUCUAUUUAUUCAUCGGCUGUGUUGUCAGAUCAAACCUCAUUGUUUGCUAGGCAGAAGGGUUCAAGUGUGAGUAAUGAGAUGGAAGGUACUGCUGGUUGGAAGCUUUCAAACAGUCCGUGGAAUCUACAAGUGAUUUCACGUUCACCCGGCUCACUCACACGAUUCAUGCCGGAUGAUAUCCCGGGUGUUACUUCCCCCAUGAUCUAUAUUGGUAUGUUGUUCAGCUGGUUUGCUUGGCAUGUUGAAGAUCAUGAACUGCACAGCUUGAAUUUCCUUCAUACUGGCUCUCCUAAGACUUGGUAUGCAGUCCCAGGAGACUAUGCAUUCACUUUUGAAGAAGUCAUUCGUAACCAGGCUUAUGGAGGAAAUAUUGACCGAUUUGCUGCUCUUACACUUUUGGGCGAGAAGACUACUCUUUUAUCACCUGAAGUUGUUGUCGCAUCGGGCAUUCCAUGUUGCAGGUGGGUCACUUCUUGUCUGACAUCAUCUGCAGUUCCUCCUAUCAUCCUCUUUCGAUUUGGAACUCAUGAAUUUACUUUACACUAA